AUGCAGGCUCUGCUGCACCAAGCCGGCGACACGAAGGAUUUUAUGCCCAAGAAUCAGACAAGAACCGAAGGAAACGACGAUCAAGGCUUUUGGGCCAUGGCGGCCAUGUCUGCCGCCGAGAAUAAAUUCCCCGACCCUCCCAGCGAUCAAGCACAGUGGCUUGCCCUGGCACAGGCCGUGUUCAACCAAUACGUUUUGCGAUGGGAUCCGGCCGACUGCAAGGGUGGCAUGAGAUGGCAAAUUUUCCAGUUCAAUAAUGGCUGGAACUACAAAAACUCCAUCUCAAACGGAUGCUUCUUCAACAUAGCGUCUCGACUGCAUCGUUAUACGGGUAACAAUACCUACGGCGAAUGGGCAACCAAAAUUUUUGAGUGGCAACAAUCCAUCAACCUGAUCACUAGUGACUACGGAGUGCAUGAUGGUAUCAGUAUCGACCCGGACGGGACUUGUUCAAGAAUCGAUAUGCUCGAGUGGUCCUAUAACGCGGGCAUUUUCCUCCAUGGUGCCGCGGCCAUGUACAAUGCUACGUCGGAUGACAAGUGGAAGAAGGCAGUUGAUGGCAUUUUGAAGCAUGCUUCAGAGAAGUUCUUCAAAGACGGUGUCGUUUACGAGCAGUUUUGCGAGUUCAACAAAGUAUGCAACAACGACCAACAGAGUUUCAAGGGCUACCUCCUUCGCUGGCUUGCGGCCACGAGCCAACUGGUUCCUUAUACCUAUGACACCAUCAAACCAUUGCUUGAAAAGGCCGGCACGGUCGCUGCAUCUACCUGCACCGGGUCAACAGCGCCGCCAAAUUUCAAGGGUCAGCCGGGGACUGCAUGCGGCUUCAGCUGGAUCCCGCAGGGCAGGUUCGAUGGAAUGGUCGGUGUUGGUGAGCAGAUGAAUGCUUUAGAUGCAGUCAUGUAUAACCUCGUGCGAAAGUCAACGCCUCCGGUGACGCAAAACAAUGGUGGUACAUCCAAAGGCAACCCAUCCGCCGGCAGUGGUGGCACUGAAGAUCCGACCGUACUGAAGCCUUUGACGACGGCGGACAAGGCUGGCGCAGGUGUUAUCACAAUGCUAUUCAUUGUAGGUGCCCUUGGCGGAACUGCAUUUAUGCUCCUGGAGUUUAGAUAG